AUGCAAUUGUUGAAAGUCAAUGAACAAACAAAAUCAGUUGGUGGUCGAUCAUUGGAAUCAUUUCAUUCUGAUAUUGAAGUGGCAAAGUUGAAAUUUUCUUCCAUUUUUCACGAUCUUACGGGAAAUUAUUGGCAUCUUAGGCAGCAUUUUAUUAAUAUUCCAGGUCAUUAUGAAUAUAUUUAUCCAAAUGAACUCAAUUCUUCGGUUAGUUGCGGACAAUUCAAAUAUAAUUCGAACUCUGAAGAGGAACAAGCGGGUUUAAACCAGAUCAAUAAUGCACCGAAAUUUCAUGUAGGCGAACGAGCUUUUUUUAAUGUUGAAUCCAAUACGAUUGAACAAACAUAUCCAUACAUCAACAGUGGUGAUGAUUGGCAAAUUGUUUUACCAAAGAUUCCUCAGGAAAAUACGAUAAUAAAACAGUUAUUGAAUAUUCGUAAAUCUAUAUUACGCAUUGGAAUUUUAUAUGAACAUAGAUCAACUAGUCAAAUGUUCUUUGGUAGUGGAUGUCUUUUAACAGACGAACUCAUUUUAACUUGUGCCCACAAUUUUGAUGUUAUUCAAUGGGGCAACGAAAAAAUUCCUUAUAGUAGGAUUUAUGUAUGUUUAUGCGAUCCUGCGCCGUAA